GUACACAUAGACUGCACAAUAUAAUAGCUUUACUUAAGUUUCUUGAAUCCAUCAAUUAUGGAACGACACAGUUGAAGAGUACAGGACUACCAAUGAGACUGUUUUGAAAUUGUCUCUACCCAAGCUGAUGGUGACAAAUGUUGCAGUAACUCGUUAUUGCCAUUAUGUAUUACCUAUGAGAAAGCUAACAAUGUAAUCGAACUUGGUUAGUUUUUGAUAUCUCCGUUGGUACACAUUGAAGCAUAUUCAUCGAUCGUCAAUAGAUCACAAGUGGAAGGCGCCAAGGCAACGGGUUCCAUGUGUUUGACUUGACUUUCAGCGCCGCCGUGCAGGAGUCAGAGACACUGACUACAGGCAAACACAGACAGACUGCGACGUCCAUAAGAACAUGGCGGAUACCAUCACCGUCAACGUGAGUGGACGGCGGUUCGAGAUAGGACGGGAUGUCUUGUCCAGAUUCCCUGAUUCUACACUUGGGCGUCUGACGUCAUCCACACAGAAGGAAGUCUUCUUCGAGAGACCCAUGUCUGGGUUCAAGUCUGUUCUUGGGUACCAUCAGACCGGGCACCUGCAUGUACCGGCUUCCAUGUGUCUCGGUGCUGUACAGGACGAACUGGCAUUCUGGGGUCUCACGAUAAAUGACCUUGAACCUUGCUGCAAAAGAAAUCUAAACAAAUUCAACAAACUACAAAGGGACUUGGAAUCUUUUGAAAAGUCAAUGAAAGAUGACCAUGACACAUUCAAUAGUCGUGGAUGUUGCCAGUUAACCGGAUCCCGUCUUACAAAAGGAAGGCGGUGUCUCUGGAGCCUCCUGGAUCAACCGUUUUCUUCAAUUCUUGCGCGAAUAUAUUUCGCGGUGUCGUCGUUGAUGGUGGUCCUGUCUGUGGUGGUGGUGUUUCUGCAGUCGAUGGAGGAGUUCAAGAAAGACAUGACCCUUGAAUUGUGGAGGCUGUACUACGGUGCUCAGUUCCAGGAACAUGAAGAUCAGAUUAGAGUCAUGUUGAGUUCAAGCUCAGCCGAAAUAAAUGAACUCCUUGCACAACACAAUCAAACUGCCGAGGAACUGAUAACAAAUUUUACUCUCCCUGAUGAUGUGCUCUUUGAAAAUGAAGUAUUUGACAACAUCGGGAUAUUCUGCACAUCCUUCUUCAUGCUGGAGCUCCUCCUGAGAGUGCUGUCCUGCCCCAGUAUCACCCGUUUCUUCAAGUCCAUCAUGAACUGGGUGGACAUUCUGGCUGUUGCCUUUGCUUGCAGUAACGCGAUACAUCAUCAUGUCAGUCCGCCAGAAAGGUUCAGGGAAAACUCACUGGAUUAUCUCGGAGCGUUUCAGAUACUCAGAGUCCUUAGGCUCUUCAGACUCGCGAAACAUGUCACAGGGGCAAAGGUGUUGAAAUACACCGUGUUCACGUCCUGCAAGGAGUUUGGUUUCAUGGUCCUGUUGAUAGUUAUCAAUACGAUUGUGUUUGGUACUCUCGUGUUCACCGUUAACGAAGAGACGAUGAAAGAUUUGCCGUUUGCUGCCUGGUGGGCCAUCGUCACCAUGACAACAGUUGGUUAUGGGGACGUCGUACCUUCGAACUACCCGGGCAGAUUUGUUGGUGUGUUGUGUGCGGCUAUGGGAAUAAUGACCCUAGCUCUGACAGUUCCUCUGCUGGUGGACAAUUUUGUCACGUUCUACUCGUAUGCUUCCGACUUCCGGGGCAGUGAAAAGGUGACCAAGCUGAAAAAGGACAAGGUGUCGCCGGUGAUGGUAAGCGAGGAUGACAAUCCUACAACCAAUCGCGAUAAAUGAGAUAUACACAUCAAAAAUAGUUAAGCAUCCCCCAGUAAUUUUCUGAAAAGUAAAUAAGAAUCACGAACAUGAUUAAAUGGACAGAGUGACGUUGGAAAAGGCAUUAUUUUUGUAAAGAGCAACCAUCUGAGAAAAAACAAAACAAAACAAUUUUGAGCCAGAAUGAAAUUUUAAUUGAGAUAUGGUUGCCCAAACACCGGCACUGUUUUUACCACAACACAACACCCUCUAUAAGUAUAGCACUGCCAAUCUGGAACAACGAUACAUUAUUUCACAUAAUGAAUAAAAUGUGUAUUAACGUCCAUUAAUGACAUUCGUGUGUCAAAAAGUUUAAUAACGGGUGGGG